UCCCAGACUGUGCGAAGCUUCACAGGCCUCUCCUCGUCUGUGCACAGACAAGUGGCUGACUCUGGAGCCCAGGCUAUUGCCUCCUGGCCUGGUGAUGAAUCCUCCAUAGUCUGGGUAGUGGAAAGCGCAGUCCAGCUUGGAUACGGUGGGAACCCAGCCUGGGCGACCCAGCCCAGUCCUCUCUGGUGUGUGUGUUUGCAUGGUGAAUUAUUCCUAGGAAAAUGGCUCCAACGAGCAUGGUGGCCAGAGACUCCGUCCUGUACCUAGAAUCAGGGCCUGGGACUGUAAACAGAUGAAAACCUCAUUUUCUCACCCCUUCAAUAACUGGAUUUGGGACAGAAAUCAAGGAUUGAAGCUGUGGGUCUGAAUCAAGCCCAAGGGUUUUGUUUUCCCUCUUAUGAAGUGAAAAGAACAGUGAAAUGUCAACAAUUCACAUCUUCAGGAGACAGUAGGGCAAAGUGGCCAAGAGCUCAGACAGUGGGGAGUUCCCAUCCCACUCUACCCUCUCCAAAGGUUAGGUGAGGAGCCUUUCCAAACCUCAGCUUCCCUGGAUAUCAAAUAGGAGCGAUCUUACCCACCUGGCAGGGGUGUUGUAAGGAUUAAAUGCGAGAAUGCAGAAGUACUCUGCAAAUUAAGGACAUUCAGCAAGAAAGAUCCUAGCAAAUAACAGUGAUAAUGGUGAAGAGGAUGAUAUUGAAUUGGCAUCUUGCCAGGCAUGACAUUUUCAAAACUUUCCAUUCACGUCUGAAGAGGAAGGAUCAGAGGCGAAAAAUCGAGCUGUCUCAAUGUCGUAAGUUUUACAAGCCUAGGAGCCAGAGGCAGAAACAGCCAGGGCAGAAGGCAGAAUCAACACAUUGAGACCUAGCUCUGUGGUGUUGCCCACACCUGCCUUCCAGGGUGGGGGCUCCCAUCCUGGUGUUGAUUAGAAGAUCUUUGCAUCUAAAAUAGUGUGUAUGAUGACUGUACAACACGACCACCAGACUCAGAAACACCUGCAUCAGACAUAAAAGUAAGGACUUCCUUCAUUACACUGAUCCUCUGAGAAACCUCAAAGGGUAGCAGAAUUGAAGAAAAAUGUUAAGUUGGACACAUUGCUUGGAUGUACUGAAACAGCCUGCCUGCAGCCGUCCUGGUAGAACAGUGUGGACAUUGCAGAAGCUGUCACUGCCCCAGAAAGAAAGCACCCCAGAGCCAAGGCAAAGAGAGCUGCAGUAGCCUGGAGGUUCAGAGAGCCGGCUUGGGGCUGCUGGGGCGGCGGCUGCCGCACAGUGACAGUGACAAACACAGAGCAGAAGACACCAAGUGAAUUCCGCUUCCCCUGGGACAGCACUGAGCCAGUGUGGAGAGAGGUACAGCCCUUGGCCUACAAGCUCUUUAGUCUUGAAAGCGCCACAAGCAGCAGCUGCUGAGCCAUGGCUGAAGGGGAAAUCACCACGUUCACAGCCCUGACCGAGAAGUUUAAUCUGCCUCCAGGGAAUUACAAGAAGCCCAAACUGCUCUACUGUAGCAACGGGGGCCACUUCUUGAGGAUCCUUCCGGAUGGCACAGUGGAUGGGACAAGGGACAGGAGCGACCAGCACAUUCAGCUGCAGCUCAGUGCGGAAAGCGUGGGGGAGGUGUAUAUAAAGAGUACCGAGACUGGCCAGUACUUGGCCAUGGACACCGACGGGCUUUUAUACGGCUCACAGACACCAAAUGAGGAAUGUUUGUUCCUGGAAAGGCUGGAGGAGAACCAUUACAACACCUAUAUAUCCAAGAAGCACGCAGAGAAGAAUUGGUUUGUUGGCCUCAAGAAGAAUGGAAGCUGCAAACGUGGUCCUCGGACUCACUAUGGCCAGAAAGCAAUCUUGUUUCUCCCCCUGCCAGUCUCUUCUGAUUAAAGAGAUCUGUUCUGGGUGUUGACCACUCCAGAGAAGCUUCGAGGGGUCCUCACCUGGUUGAACCAAAAAUGUUCCCUUGACCAUUGGCUGCGCUAACCCCUAGCCCACAGAGCCUGAAUUUGUAAGCAAUUUGCUUCUAAAUGCCCAGUUCACUUCUUUGCAGAGCCCUUUACCCCUGCGCAGUUUAGAACAGAGGGACCAAAUUGCUUCUAGGGGUCAACUGGCUGGCCAGUCUGGGUCUGGGUUUGGAUCUCCCAUUGCCUCUUGCAGGCUGAGUCCCUCAAUGCAAAGGCGGGGCCAAAUGAAGUGUGUUAAGGGGUCUGCUGAGUCAUUAGUAACUGCACACUAUUUCCCUCUACUGAGUAAACCCUGUCUGUGAUUCCCCCAAACAUCUGGCAUGGCUCCCUUUGUCCUUUCUAUGCCCUGCAAAUAUUAGCAAAGAAGCUUCAUGCCAGGUUAGGAAGGCAGCAUUCCAUGACCAGAAACAGGGACAAAGAAAUCCCCCCUUCAGAACAGAGGGAUUUAAAAUGGAAAAGAGAGAUCGGAUUUUUGGAUUGGAUAACUUAGAAGGAUGACAUCUCCAUGCAGAAUACAUGAAGAAAGGGAGGCCCAGUGGCAGGAAGGCAGAAUAAAUCCUUGGGAGUCAUUAGCAUGCUUUGAGCUUCCCAGGGUUACUCAGCAGCAGAGAGCCCUGGGUAACUACAGGUGGAGAGCACUAGAAGUGGUUUCUUGGUAACAAGCAAGGACAUCAGAGCUGGGAAAUUCAUGUGGAUCUGGGGACUGAGUGUGGGAGUGACGAGAAAGAAAGGGAAACUGUCUGAGGGGAUAUCAUAAAAAGAGGAUGAUUUCAGAAGGAGAAGGAAAGAGAAAGUAAUGCCACACAUUGUGCUUGGCCCCUGGUAAGCAGAGGCUUUGGGGUCCUAGCCCAGUGCUUCUCCAACACCGGAGUGCUUGCAGAUCAUCUGGGGACCUCGUUUGAAGGGAGAUUCUGAUUCAGUGGGUUGGGGGCAGAGUUUCUGCAGUUCCAUCCAGUCCCCGGGUGCAGGUGCUGACGAUACUGCUGCCUUACCCGCCAUACGUAAAGGAGCAGGGUCCUGGUCCUAAAGAGCGUUAUUCAGCUGAAGGUGGUUCAACUCGCCGAACCUCACCUGACCUCAACUCACCCUUAAAAACGCACACCUCAUGAGUCUACCUGAGCAGUCAGGCAGCACUGACAGUAGUUAUACCUGUACUAAGGAACAUGAUUUUAAGAUGCUUUGGCCCAAUGCCUAUAAAAUGCCCCUUUCAAAGAUACACAAAAACAUACUUCAAAAAUGUUAAACCCUCACCAACAGCUUUCCCAAGAGACCGUUUGUAUUACCAUUACUUGUAUAAAUACGCUUCCUUCUUAAACUUGACCCAAGUGGCUAGUAAAUUAGAAACACCAUUCAUCUCUAACAUAUGAUACUGAUGCCACGUAAAGGCCUUUAAUAAGCCAUUGAAAUUUACUGUGAGACUGUAUGUUUUAAUUACAUUUAAAAAUAUAUAGCUUGAAAGCAGUUAAACUGAUUAGUAUUCAGGCACUGAGAAUGAUAGUAAUAGGAUACAAUGUACAAGCUACUCAAUUAUCUGAUACUUACAUUUACCUAUAAAAUGAGAUUUUUGUUUUCCACUGUGCUAUUACAAAUUUUCUUUUCAAAGUAGGAACUCUUGAGCAAUGAUAAUUGUGAAUAAAAAUUGAUGAGAGUGUUAGCUCAUGUUUCAUAUGAAAUUGAAGUAAUUGUUAACUAAAAACAAUUCCUUAAUAACUGAACUGUCAUAUUUAGAAUGGAAGGAAAAUGACAAUUUGUUCAAAGCAUAGUGCAAUUGAAGAAUUGACCUAAGUAAGUUGACAUUAUGGUUAAUAAUAGUAUUUUAGAUUUGGGCAGCAAAAUGAUUUCAUAACAUUUUUGUUUUUGUUACUUGGAUAAGAUCAAUCUGUUUUAUUUUAGUAAAUCUUUGCAGGCAAGUUAGAGAAAAAGCAGUGUGGCUUAACGUCUCUUUAGUAUGAAGAUUUGACCAGAAAAAGAUACCCAGAGAGGAAAUCUAAGAUAAUUAUAAUGGUCUAUACUUUUUAUUGUAUGAAUCAAACUCAAGCAUAACAUUGGCCAAGGAAAAUUAAAUGCCAUUGCUAACAUGUGAAAUGGAAGUCUGUGAUUUCAGAGAUGCAAAGCAUUGUAGUAAAAACACCAAUGUGACCUCGACCACCUCAACCCAGAUACCAUUCAUAUAUCUGUUCAAUGACUAUUAAGUUGCCUACUUUGUGCUAGGCACUGUACUGGAUACUGGGGACCUUGUCUGUCUGGUUUGCUGCUGUAUCUUCUCCUAGGGCAUUAUAUUUAUGAAGAAAGAUGCUGUGGAUUCAAUUCUUUCAGUCAAGAAUAAACGCAGACUUUGUAGGUUCCUGCUGAAUAAACAGCAAAUCCCAGAAACCCAGAUUUUGGAAGAAUCAGCAACCCCCAGCAGAAAAUAAACCCCUAUCAAAAUGUCAGAGGAACUUGGCAUUUUCAACUUUAGAACCGUGUCAGCUUCAGGGGGACUGCUUUCAAAUCAGCCAAAGAGCCUAUCAGAUCUAGAAGGAAGAGGUUGGUAGUUCCCUGCUCUGUUUUGAACAUGCUCUAGUUCAUUAACCUGGGGGCAUUCCCAUUGCUGUCUUAAGUAAGUCUCAUAGCCAGCUCCCGUCAUGUGAAUUCAUUUUCGGGCCAGCUCUGAACAAAGCAUCAUGAACAUGUGUGCCUUUGGUUGUUUGUAAUGUGAUGGUGGUAGAGGUAGGUACUGGUUUCCUUGGAAAGAAUGAUAAGAAAGAUUCCUAUGGCCAACAGUGUGUAUGAACAAAAAACUGAUUGGAGCAUCAGCUGUUACUGAAGGUCCUUGCUUUAUGUCAGAGGCAACGGAACCCAAGUCUCCAAGUCCUCAGCCUUGAGUGUACUGCUGACAACUAAAUUCACAGGCUGCAAAGCAGACCUCUGAUGAAGACGCCUGUCAUUUCAUAUCACUGUCUUUUUGUGUAUCAUAGUCUGCACCUUACAAAUAUUAAUAAAUGUUCCAAUAACAGGUGA